AUGAACCCGACCUGGCGUGCUCAACAAAGUUGUUGGAGCAUGCUCAUAUACUUUCUAGUCGUCUUCUUUGGAGUUGAGUGUAUGGCAUUCGGUAUCGUCCGGCUCGCGAGCGCAGCCAUAGAUCCUAGGGUCCAGGUGGCACUGACGCUCGAGACACCUUGCAACGGCGUCUCGACAACGCCAGCAGGACGACUCUUUCUGGUGUACGCGCGGGUGGACGGCACACAGGCGGAUGGGCAGCCGGAGGUGGUGGAGUGGGUCAACGGCACGGGCGUGCCGUACCCAGAUGCAGCGUGGAACUCGUACGCAGGGGUGUCGUCGGCGUCGGACCCGGCAACGACGCUGAUGCGGGUCAACUCGCAGCGGAUCGGGCCCGACGGCAAUCUCUGGCUCGUGGACACGGGCAGCCCUGGGUUCGGCAGCCCGGUGCUCCUGCCCGAGGGUCCCAAGCUGGUGGUGGUGGACCUGCAGACGAACCAGGUGCAGCGGGUGUACCCGAUGGGCAACGUGACGAUGACCGACAGCCUGCUGGACGACAUCAGGUUCCACCCGGCGGCGGGGACGGCGUACCUGACAGACGCCGGGGUCGGGGCGCUGAUGGUGCUGGACCUGGCGACGGGGCGGGCAGUACGGAUGCUGGACGGGGCGUCGUCGACAGCGGCGUUGAUGCCCCCGUCUGGCGAGGGCCAGCUGCUCCGGUCGGCACAGACGGGCCAGCCCGAAUACAUCGCGGCGGACCAGCUGGAGGUGUCGCCAGACGGGGCGUGGCUGCACUUCCAGCCGGCGAGCGGGGGCAUGCACAGGGUGCCGACGCAGCUCCUCGACGCGGCGCUGUGGAACUCAUCGCUGGCGGUGACGCUGGCGGACUACGUGGAGCCGUUCGCGCUGACGCCGGGCACGGGAGGCACAGCCGUGGACGCCGAGGGGAGCAUCUACGUCAGCGACGUGGACCGGCAGGCCAUCGAGAAAGUGUACGCCAACGGGACCAGGACGACGCUGGUGCAGGACGACAGGCUGCUGUGGGUGGACGCCAUGUGGAUCGACUCGGCGGGGUUGCUGUGGAUGCCCGCGGCGCAGCUGAACCGGGGCGCGCCCUUCAGCCCUGGGGGUGUGAGCUGGAUCGUGAAGCCGCUCUUAUUGGUGGCCUGGAAUCCUGCUGA